AACGCCAUUGAUUACUUUCAAGGAGAAUCAUGCUUUUGCGGCAUGUUUUUUCAACAACCGACUUGUUUUACUUGAGAAAUAGAGUUAUGUUUUCAUUUACACCAUGCUACACCACGUUUUCCUUUAUUGGUAUGUAUCGAAGUCUCAUCAUCCAAUAGUCUGUCGUCAUAUUUUACCAACAGAUCGUGCUCCAAUAUAACUAGUAAUUGAAUGUUCCAACGUUGACGAGUUCGUACACUAAAACUUAUUUUCCCUCGUAUUUAGAUUUUGGAUACAAAUUUAAAUUUCAUCAAUUAAUUAUCCAAUUUUAUAACUUGAGUCCGGAUGAGGAAAAAAAAAAAAGAAUAUCAAACUAAAUAUUUAAUAGUUACCCUCGUCCUUUGCCGGUAAUGUUACUUUCAUAAAAUAGUGAAGGGUUAAUAUUUUCGUAUGGCCUGAACUUUGACCAAAAUAAACAUCCUGGCCAAUCUUUUCGAUCUAUAACAUCAUGGCCCGAACUAUACACCAAAAUAAACAAUUUGGCCAAACCCGAUGUUUGACCGUUAACUUGGACGGUCAAACACGUUGACUAACGGUCAACGCGCCACGUCACUGCCAAGUCAGAAGAUCUGAUAAAUAUUUAAUUUUUUCGUUUUUUAUGCUGACUUGGCAGUGACAUGGCCCGUUGACUAACGGUCAACGCGUUUGACCGUUCAAAUUAACGGUCAAAAGUCGGAUCUGGCCAAAUUGUUUAUUUUGGUAUAUAGUUCGGGCCAGGAUGUUAUAGAUCGAAAAGAUUGAUCAGAAUGUUUAUUUUAGUCAAAGUUUAGGCCAUACAAAAAUAUUAACCCAAUAGUGAAACAAAAGGCUGUAAAAAGGAAGAAAGCAACAACCUUUUCUUUACACCUCACCGCAGUGAAAAAGUCCGACCCACAAAAAGUCAGAUUCCCCUUUCAUUUCCCACUCUUUCACUGGAUACAUAACUUAUCACUUCGUCCCUGUCAAUCGAUCAACAGAGGCAAGCAUUCUGUUUCCGACGCUCAAAUAAAAUCUACUCUCUGAAGAAGGCGAUCGGGAUUCCGUGGUCUCCUGCGCCUACUUCUUCCUUCUUCGUCUUCCGAAUCCUUCGUCAAAUUGCUGGUAUGUUUCUUCGUCUUCCUCCUUCCGUUCUCUCUGUUUCUUCCCCAGAUUGGUCUUCCUCUCGUUUCCUCGUCUUAACUGAUGUUCAUUUCACCCAAAUCGGAUACUUUUUCUUCUUUCUUGAUGAACCCAAAUCGCAGACUCACUGAAUCAAUCUGGGAGAAUAACGAUGGUGGGAAGAAUGAAAACUGGAAAAGGGGAAUCUCCUCUAGUUCAUUUCUCUGCCCUCUGGUUUAUGGUUUAUUCCAAUGGAUCUGAUCACUUGUAUGAUGUAUAAUUGAAUCGAAUCUCUGACUACUUCAUUACUUCAUUUUACUCAUCCCUUGUUUCAUGAUCUUCUUCAUUUUAGGGAUUGCCCACCUCCCUUCUAAUCUCGAAUAAAAACCCAAUCGAACUUUUGAAAUCUGGCAUCAACGCAGCCACAAGCGCUUAAAAGCCUCUGUUUUUACACUCUACCCAUCUCAAUAAGUAGGCUAUUGAUGUUCUGUAAAUUCUAUCACUCACUUAUGCUUCUGUAUCUACGAUGAUGAUGAUGAUGCUCAUGCUGCCUUUUGGUUUGAACAGAUGGCACUGGUGACAACCGCUGAGGUCUGCGAUGCAAACCCGCAGCUAAUCGUGAGCGGCGAGCUGAGAGCACUGCAGCCCAUCUUCCAGAUAUACGGCCGUCGCCAGGUGUUCAGCGGUCCAGUCGUGACCCUCAAGGUGUUCGAGGACAACGUCCUGAUCCGCGAAUUCCUCGAGGAGAAAGGCAACGGCAGGGUCCUCGUGGUGGACGGUGGUGGCAGCUUGAGGUGCGCCAUACUCGGUGGGAACCCGGUGGUUCAGGCUCAGAACAAUGGCUGGGCUGGGAUUGUGGUGAAUGGCUGCAUUCGCGACGUCGAUGAGAUCAACGGGUGUGACAUUGGUGUCAGAUCUCUGGCUUCUCAUCCCAUGAAGGCGAACAAGAAGGGCAUUGGGGAGAAGCAUGUUCCUGUCUCGUUUGCUGGGACUCGGAUCUCGGAUGGCGAUUGGCUCUAUGCUGAUACUGAUGGUAUCCUCGUCUCUAAAUCCGAGUUGUCCGUCUGAAGAAGAAGAAGAAGAAGAUCUCUGACGAAGGUGUCUUUUGUAGUACUCAAAACAUCUCUAUAUGAUCUUCUGGUUUCCAGUUCAUGUGGCAAGUGUGUGAUGAUGUUUUCUCUGCUGCAACAUUCUUUAGUGUCAAUGUGUUAUAGCUCUAGAUUUCUGCUUUCCCUUUUGUGAUUGAAUCUCACAAGGUGCAGUUGUGAAACCCUUGAGCCGAAAUCAAUCGAAACCCAGUUUUCGCCGCGGUUUAGUGUUAAGUUGAGCAAGUAACCAUGUCAGUGGAUAUGAAUUGAAUGAUUUGCUACUUGUGAUGCUCUACUCGCUAUCAGAUUCUAGGUGUGGCCAACUGGUUUCUCUCGUUUAAUCAAACUGGGGAAUCGCUACUGGCUGCAAUACAUGAAACCAUAAGCU